UGAUAAUUAUUUGCGUUUGAGGAACUAACUUUGUUAUCGUGACAAAUUAGCAAAUAAUUGAGUUUCUGCAGUAAUGCAGGUGUAACACAGGUGAGGGAUCACGCACACAGGGCGUGAUUCACAGGUGUAUGGUAAUAUGGUAGGUACUUAUAGGGCUACAGGAGUAGUCUGUUCAUUCGACGCUUGUCACGACACGCAGGAUACAACAAGAUUGUCUUUGGUUCUUUGUCAUCAUGGAUGCGGAAGCAGUUACAGCGGCUAUAGAGCUUAACAAGCAAUCGAUUCUGAAUGCUGUUUCCGUCAUGAUGGAUCAAAAGUUGGGUGACCUGAAGAGGGCUAACGAAGACCUGGCUGAGAAGCAAGUACAACAGCUGAAGAAGAUGAAGUCGGACUCAGCGCCCAAGAUUAAGAGAAAGGCCUAUCAAGAUCAAUUUGACUUCACACAGCAAGUGAAGGAAAAGCUGGUGGAAGCAAAGACGGAGGCGCAGGCAGGGAAAACAGAGAGAGCGCUACAGGCACUGGCAGAAGGUGAGGAGUUGAUUUCUUUUAGGCAAAAAUGUAUCCUUAUGGCGGAUAAAUCUGAAGCCGGCUGGCUUACAGUUGAAGAAUACAAAAAGAACGAAUUGGCUGACAACUCAGAUGAUGAGAAACGUAUGUUUAAAGCUGAGAUGAGGGCAAAGAAAGCCAAGAAGGAGAACGAGGAAAAGCGGAGGAAGACCGGGCAAGCAAAGCGUUCUUUUGACAAGAGUUUUCAACCACCAGUUAGGUUCUACGGUAACGCUACAUCUUCCGUCACUAGCGCUAAGAAGCCGGGCAACUGUUUUGCCUGCGGAGAGGAAGGGCACUGGAGGGGUACGUGUCCCAAGUUGAGCGGCUUCAGGCAGCGGGGGCAGCAGUUCGACACCAUGUCCAGCAAGAAACUUUAAUUGAAUUUUGUUCGUAAAUUUUCAUUUUCAGACUUCCCUCAUGCAGAAUGACUGAAUUGUCAGGGGCAGGGUGACUUCGUUGGAGACAUCCCAGGAAUUUCUUCUUUGAGGGAAUUCAUGAAUUUGAAAGAUUUUGAGUUCCAAGAAGGAGAUCCAGCUAUCAGCGUCAGAGGGAGACUGAAAAGAAACAUUGAAUUUUGGCAGAACGCUGGUGCACCUGAG